CCUGUUUGGGUCCUUCUCCACGAACAGAGGGGUCCUUUUGUACAACAGUUCACGAGGAUGCUCGUCCGUUUCACCAUUGCGUUAUCAAGUUUCUUGAGCUGAAUUCAUUUAUACUUACACGUCUGGGUUUUUGUGCAAAGACUUCCGCUGAAACGUCUCCAACAACACACCGUGAGCCAAAUGAACGGGGCAGCAUUCCCAUCCCCUACGGCAGAGAUGGCCGAGAUGAACCGUAUCCACUUUGAACUGGAGUACACAGAGGGGAUCAGCCAGCAAAUGCGCAUACCAGAGAUGCUCAAAGUUGCCCCUUAUGUCCCCGAGGAUUCUGAUGCUGGAUCGCAGCAUCUCCCUCACAGUGUUAUGAUGCAAGUCCCAGAGAGGAUUGUGGUGGCAGGUAACAACGAUGACGCCAGGUUUUCCAGACCAAGGGAUCUUGACCUAAUCCAGUCCACACCCCUUGAGAUGCUGGCAUUAAAGACUCCACCUAGGGUCCUCACCCUUAACGAGCGACCCCUGGACUUCCUGGAGACGGAACAGAGUGCAGCUCAAGCUGUGUCCAACGAAGAGUUGCGACCCCAUGGCCGGUUACGACGGGAACGGUCAGCUAGUGAGAAUGCAGCCAUCCGUCACAAUGGUCAGUUGACCAGAAAUGAUUCCAUCAUGACCCCAUCCCCCCCUGCCCCUGUCCGCCCAUGCCCACCUCUCACUGUUGCUGAGGACGAACAGAGCCUGUACAGCGCUAGUGGCGUUUUGUCUUUCAUCCAGUCCACCACACGUCGGGCCUACCAGCAGGUCCUGGAGGUCCUGGAUGAGAACCAUCGCAGACCGUCACUGCGAGGGGGGUCAGCAUCGAGCUCAAACCCCCUGCAUGAAUCGAGACUUGUGUUAUCAACACUUGACACCACCUUAGAUGCAGGGUCUGAUGACAUGGCUGUCGUUGAUGCAGCAACACUUCGUCGCCAGAUCAUCAAGUUAAAUAGGAGACUCCAACACCUGGAGGAGGAGAACAAGGAACGAGCCAAGCGUGAGAUGAUCCUGUAUUCGGUCACUGUGGCUUUCUGGUUGAUCAAUAGCUGGGUGUGGUUCCGCCGUUAAAGCGUUUACUCAUCACCACAACAACUGUGAGGGGAGACUGUGUCCUCUCUCUUAAUUCUUCAUGUUUAAUGUUAGCAAAAUCUACUCGCUGUACUAUACCCUCCAAUAAGCAAGGCCUUAGUGUGUGUGCACAAGAGAAAAUGCACAAAAAGAUGUUUUGAUUUUGUUUAUUGUAAACAUGUACAUUUUAUUUUUUUUUACAAAUCUGUUUUCACCCACCCACCCCACACCCCCCAUAUUUAGUUCUUAUUACCAAUCCUGUAGCUCAGUGAUGCUAAGUAUGGCUGGCUGUAAAUAUUUGUUCAUGUUGCUCUGGGCAGUGGUGAUCAUCCUGUUCUUGUUUUUAAAGCAUAAGUGCACUGUAUCAAAAUAGGAAAAUGGAGUCACAGUUUAAACCUAGAGCAUUGAGCCAUAUGGGAAAUAUUUAUUGAGAACACAGUGAUAUGUGAAUAGAUUUGAGGAAUAUAAUGGUAAUGUUGUCAGAAGAUAUUUGUGUCAUGUAUUUUUAUUGAUACACCAAACUGAAUGCACAAAUUAUAUUGGUCUUUAUUUUGCUAUUCUGUGAUACAAAUAACAAAAUAUCUGCCCAGCUUUGGCAUGACGUGCCUACAAAAUUCAACAUUUUCAGUUAUUACUGAAGCACUGAAGUUUUCUGUUGAUGCAUCUGCCUUAUAAUGCUCAUAACCGUGUAUUUCAUUAUAAUAAAUGCUUA